AUGGGCGACUUAAAGUGCUCGAAUGGAACUUUUUAUAUCAACGAUACUGUAGACAACUACGAGAACUAUGACAACGAUACCAUAAAGAAAGGGAUAUUCCCUCUCUUACAGACCGACACGCUCCUAGCAGUAUUGUACAUUAUCAUUACCAGUACGGCCCUGCUGGUGGGGACUGUAGGUAACACAUUAACUAUCCUGGUAUCGACCGUUCGCAGAGACGUCAACAAAUGUGGAAAAGAAUUCGUCGUUAACCUAGCACUGGCGGAUCUCUGUGUCACAGCCAUAGCCGACCCCAUGUGUAUCAUUGGUGUCACACAUGGAGACCAGUUUUUCCAGGGAAGGAAACAGUUUUGUAUUUUUGUGGCAAGCCUUUGUCUGACUGCCUGUUUUUGUGCAUUCUUCAGCCUGUUCCUUAUGUCGAUGUCACGCUUUAUAUACCUGCGCCACAACCACGUGUAUGACAAACUUUUCAACCGUGUCACCAGCAUUUUGCUCUGUUUCGCCUGCUGGAUGGUGGCUUUCUCGUUUGAAAUACCUAAUUUUGUUGGUUGGGGAGGACACUUCUUCGACCACAAAAACCACCAGUGUAUCUGGGAUCGGACUGCAAGUUUAUCCUAUACCAUGUUUGUAUCAAUGAUUUUGAUUGGUGCGCCACUCGUUGUAAUGGCGAUAUGCCACUUUCUUAUUUUUAAGCGUAUCUGGGAAACAAAACGAAACAUUUACUCUUUGGACAUUGCCAAUCCUUUGAGAAUGAGAAAAGUUUGGAGAGAAACAGUUCGUUCAUCUCAGAUGUUGUUUUGUAUUUUUAUUGCGUUUGUCAUCUGCUGGACGCCGUAUGCCAUUAUUGUUACUUUAGAUGUGCAAGACACUUUCCCAAUGAAAGUUCAUUUGUUCAUUACUCUUACGGCACACUUACACUCAAGUGUCAACGGCAUAAUUUAUUUUGCAGGAAACAAACGGUUUCGAAUUGGAAUUCUACGUCUUUGUGUUCGUAGAUCAACUCGUAAAGGAACGCCUACUUCCGGUCCUUAUGUGAUUCCUCACUUAGAUUCUCGUCUGUGA